AUGCCAGCCCAAUCACCCAAGCGCAGACACCCUGAGUCGGAGAAAAACCAUCAUUCUACAGAAGACUUGCCAGUCAAACGCGUCAAAAUAACCUCUGGCCCUAGAAAUAAGAAGCGUCCGAAAACUUCAUUCAUGGGUCCACCCCCUCCACCAAAAGCUUUUCAGAGUCAUGAUAUCAGCCAAGGUGAAGGUCCAGGGAAAAGGUCUCCAGCUUCAGCUCAGAUUCGAUAUAAGACAACGAUUCCAUCUGACCUUCGAGCGCCUUUCCCAUCUCUAGUCCAACCUGCCUCGCAAGUCCUAAAGUCGCCUUCCUUUAUCCUCACUCCGGUUAUAUCAUCUCAGUCUACAUUUCCGACUGCAAUCAGACCUCAGGGGACCAUGCCAGGCCGAUCAGGGGCAGCAUGGCUUCCACCAGCGACCAGACCUCAGGGACCAAUAAGAAUCCAAAACCCGGGGAUAACCGCAGGUGGAGGUCGGUAUCCAAAGCGUGGAGCGCCAGCGGAAUUCGAAGAAAUCCAAAAGUACAAGAGAUUCAAGGAGGUACCUCCCCAACGCGAAAAGGGAAUGAUCACGACUAUAAUUGAUGGCAAGAGUGUAAUGCAAUUCCGUGCUACCGACAGCCUAGGCAAGCGUAAAGCUUGGCCUGUGGUCUCAUUGGGUAAAGAGGGGCCUUUUCCUCGAUGGCGGCUGUUCCAACACGUACCAGACCUCCCGAAGGGCAGGAACCUUGCACUCGACUUGAUUCGAACACAUCGAGAAAGAACGAUCAUCCACGGGCUCGACCACAAUAGCCACCCUAAGUCCAAUGAUUCAAGCAUUGGUCUUGGUAUUCUUUACUGGGACUUUCAGGCUGGCACAAAGGACACAUGGGGUGGCUUGACGAAAAAGGAGCUGUACGAAUUUGCCUAUAAGUGCCUCGAGGAUGCAUUGAAUGAUUACCAAAGCCGAACCGAAAUCCGCCUUUUGCUCAAACAGAUGAAAUUGAGCGUCAUCGCCAAUGUGGAAGAUCCAUUACCACCUCUCCCUGGGCCGCCAAAAGCGAAACUCUUUGGACCCGAAGCCGGAGCUGCGUGGCCGAAAAUACCUCCUCUCAUGGAAGGUGCUCCCCAGCCCUACUUUGGCAAUAGGUAUUGGCGUCCUAGUAUGGCCAUUCGUGAUGGUCAAAGCAAAGCCAAGUCUACCGACUUGUUGAUUACCAGAAUGCGCCAUCAUACGAAAGGGACGUUGGGCCCCCCUGGUGUGAUCAGUCGUUCACGAGAUUCCAGAGAUAAAACUCCCGGUUCUCCGGCAGCCCCUAGCGGUGGAGAGAAAGACUAUAAAAAACUUCCCACGGGUAGGAAAUCAGCCCUGAAAGCAGGGGGUACGAGAAAAGAGCUAGGUGGCAAAGCUGCACAAGUUGGUGAGUCGCAAUUGCCCUUGUUCGUCGUCAAACUUUCGAUUCUCUGCAUGUAUGACCCUACUCUAUGCAUCGCCAUCGGAUCAGUCGAGCCUAUAUUUAAGGGCAAUGCAAUUGUAAAAGGUCAUGCUAGCAUUCCUUACCUUUUUACUUGCUACAUUCCCAGCACCCUGCUCUGA